AUGGCUGAACCACGUGAAAGAACCUUUAUUAUGAUCAAACCUGAUGGUGUGCAACGUGGCCUAGUUGGUACAAUAAUUGAACGAUUUGAGAAAAAAGGUUUCAAGUUAGUGGCUCUUAAAUUUAUGUGGCCAUCUGAAGAACUUCUACAGAAGCAUUACAGUGACCUGUCUUCUAGACCUUUCUUCCCUGGACUUGUAAAGUACAUGAGUUCUGGUCCAGUAGUACCAAUGGUAUGGGAAGGACUUAACGUGGUAAAAACUGGUCGUCAAAUGUUGGGUGCAACUAACCCGGCAGAUUCUCAGCCUGGCACUAUUCGUGGUGAUCUCUGCAUCCAAGUUGGUCGCAAUAUUAUUCACGGCUCCGACUCAGUUGAAGCAGCUAACAAAGAAAUCGCUUUAUGGUUUACUGAAAAAGAACUCGUCGGAUGGACACCGGCAGCCGAGAACUGGGUUUAUGAGUAA